AAGAACUUGAGAAGAUCGCUCCUCCCAUAUUGGUCACUAAUUUCAUACUACCUACAUAUCGCAUUCCACCAUACGAAACAACAUCCACUCGAGCUCCGUGAUGUUAGUGAUCCUAAGCUAACACUACACUUAUAGCUUAUCUUGCUUGCAAUCCAUUUAACUGGUUAAACCAUCCAUCAGGAAUCUCUAUCGAGGAGAUCUAAUCUUUCUAUAUCCAUCUAUCUGAUACAGAAGCUUCCGAUUCACUACGUCUCCCGCCCACAUAGUUAGGCGGAAGGAGAAAUAAAACAGAGGGAAAACACAUAUAAACAGCGAUAUCACAUAACGAAGGGGGAAGUAAACGAAAAACCCCCCUCAAACCCAACCCAAAUCCGAAAAGAUGGCCAACCUCCCCUCGCAACACCCGCACCUCUCCCUGCACCUCUCCGACCGCGCCCUCACGCCCCUCAUCACCUCGGCGCGCACGCAGUACCAGCUCGACGCCCUGACCUCGCUAUCCCACGGCGCCCUCAGCGCCCACGAGUCGGCCCUGCGCCUGGGCCUCGGCACGCCGCAGCGCAUCGUCGUCGAGCACGCCGGCUCCGGGCCCGUCGUCCUGCAAUCCUUCCUGCGCGCCGACUCCCGUCCCUCCUCCUCUUCCGCUACCACAGCAGCAGCGGCCAACACGACCAACGCACCUCCAAGCAGACACACCAACAACAACAACAAUAAUCCCUCCAGCAGCCACACACCAGGAACCACCACCCCCGCCGCCCCUCCCAACGGCCUCGGACUCAACCCUCACGACCCCCCCUCCCCCUCCCCCUCCCCCUCCGAACCCAGCACCCCCGUCUCCCCCUCCGCGAGCCCCACAGCCACCGCCAUCGAGCGCCGCCUAGCCCAACUGCAACUCCAGCACGGAACCACCAACAAUACCAACAGCAUCGACGACGCCUCCUCGUCCCCGGAAGACGCGAACGCGCCGCCCAUGCUCGUCGGCCUCGUCGUAUCCCCCUCCGCCGACGAGGCGCGUGACGCGCGCCGCGCCGCCGCUAGGCUCGAGCGCGUCGGCCGCGAGAUCCAGGCCCGCUGGGCCGAGGCGCAGGCCGGGUCCGAGGACGAGGACGAGGACGGGCGGGAAGAGCAAGCGCAGGGGCGGGGGCAAGGGCGGGGAGGUGCGAGGUCCGGGGCCGGGGCCGGGGAUGCUGGUGAUUGAGAGGGGAGCGGGGCAGAGGCGGAAAAAGUAGGAGGAAUAAGUAUCUACUACAUACCUCCAUGCUGGUACAUUUAUGUGGGCAAGGAAAUGUCAC